GAACUAGUCAAAAGAGAAUCAUUUCUGAUUAGUUGCGAAAAAUCUCAUCGUCUCUCUUCUUCGCUCUCGCCAUUGUCGUAGAUCGCUUUCUCUAACCCUAAAAUACGUAGAGAGAUCAGAUACCUGAAAACAACCAAUCAAUCAUGGAGUACGCUGCUCGGAGAAAUCAGAAAGGCGCUUUCGAAGGCUUUUACAAACUUAUCAUGCGCCGUAAUUCCGUCUACGUCACUUUCAUCAUCGCCGGCGCAUUUUUCGGUGAACGGGCUGUGGAUUACGGUGUUCAUAAGCUCUGGGAACGCAACAAUGUUGGGGUAUGUUUAUUUUCUUGUAUUCUGAAUCAUGUUUUAUGCAAUCUGAUGCCUAAAUAUGUUGACGAUGAAUGAUUUUUUUGUUACUCUUUUGAUUCGAAGUUCUGCAUUUUGUUUCGGAAAUGUUUAGUAUUGGUGAUGUUAAUGUUUGUCUGUCAUUUGAACUAGAGAGUCUAGAUGGUAAUAACUGUUUCUUCAUUCUCUUUAUUGCCCAUCUUGAGAUAUGGAAUGAUCACAUUUUUCUACACACACUUCUUUGGUUUCAUGUCAUCGUCGUAAUCAUCUUCUGUAAUCUCUGCUUGUUGUUAGUGUUAUUAGCUAAUAGGUGAAUGCUUUUCGAAAAUCUAUUGAUGCCUGAUUCACCUUUUCUAGCUUCUAUUGGAAUGUGUAUAGUUCCCCCUCUACCUUCGACAUCCUGAUUUUUCUGCCUUGUAAACGAUAUGAAGACAUCUCUGUGUUGGGUCAAAGGCCAGUAGAGGAAUGAGCUUUCUUCUUUUUGAAUUCUCUUCAGACCAAAAGCAAGAAUUGGAAAUUUCCAUGUUGUUUUGCAUUCCAACGUCUCUCUUUCUUUGUUGAAUAAAUAUAAAAUCAUUGGGAUGAUUCAUAUUUCACCUAAAGCUAUCUGGUUCUGAUUACUUGAAUUUUUGCAUUGUGGAAUAUGAUAACAUUAUCAUAAAUCGUCAUUUGGCAUUACAAGUAUUUGUCCCUUAUUAAAAGCAAGUCCAUUAAAACGCCCAUUUGUGAAUCGUCCUUUUCUUCACUUUUGGGUUCUUGAAGCGUCGCUUUAAUAUGCAGUGCCCAUAUUCUGAGG